AUCACAGCAGAGCGAGUCUGCCUGCGCCAGCGGGAGAGCUGCCUGCAUGGAACUGCAGACGCAGUCGGCUGUGGUGGAAUUCAUCAUCGACCACACAGACGUCCUCUUCUGCUCCACAUCUGGACCUGACAUCGCAGAUGGAGCAGGGCACAGUUCUCUCUCAGGGCCCCAGUCUGUGCGGGCGUCUUCUCCUGCCACAGAGCUGCUCAGCCUGGAGGAGGCGCAGGCACGGAGGCGAGGCCACAGCAGCUCUCCUGUCAUUGUGACACAGAGCAGGGACAUAGAGGUGGAAGAAGGCCCCGCAACUUUACUGGGCAAAUUCCACACUAUCAUUGUCUUUCCACCUGAAAGACCAAGUGCACCCAGCAGGAUGAAGGAGUCACCGUCUGGCUGUUGGUGUUCCUGCUUCAGCCUGGGGAAACCAUCCUCUGUGGCCAAAGACCAACGGCAGCACCAUCCAAGGGAGCCCACAGAGACAGACAUUGUAGUGCUGGCAGGUGAUUCGAGCUCUUGUCAACCGAGCAGAGCUGGAGCAAGUAGCGAUGCUGGGCUGUGUGCUUCCACCAAUGGAGAGCUGUUAGGAAGCACAAAUGGCUGCGGUUCAGCUGACAGCCUGCCACAUAACAACAGUGAUGGAAAGAAGGAGCUCAUCCAAGUUCAAGCCCUUAUUGCUCCCAGCUCUGCUGAAGAUGCUGACCUGAGCCUGCCAGACACCACAGGCACCAGCCUGGACUGUGACACGGUGCCUCUGCAGUGCAGCCCAGCCCAAGCACAGCCUGAGUGCCCUGACAGCAGCACCUCCAUACAGGAGCAGAUCAGCACCAGCGAGGAGAAGCAGAGCCUCUUGGAGGGGGACUUGGAAUCCAACCUCCAGUCCCAGGCACCGGACAUCAACACCGACAGCUCUGAGCCACUCUCUCCGUGAGCUUUCCACCCAAGAGAGGACGAUUCCCAUCUUUACGUGGACCUCUCACGCCCUCCUGUCUUUUCCUUUAAUAAUAAAAGCACGCUUGUGCUCCCUCAACGCCUUGACUGCCUGUGGAGUCUUCAUUCACGAGGACUGGGAUGAAUGCAACACACAGCAAAGCACCUCAGCUUGCAACGCUGAGGCUGUGGGGUGCAUGAAGCCCAGCUUCCUGGUGGUGGCUUUGUGAUGCC